AUGUCUGAGGAACGAAGCAAGAUAUCGCUACGCACCGGCCCUAAGAGGAAAGCUCGUCCUACUAUCAGCGCCCCCCGCCAAAUCUCCGAACCUAUCCCUAACAAUGACGUCCCUGUGCCUCGCAGCACCGGUGGACGACCUGGCCCUGGUGGUCCACCGCCACCCCGACAGCGACAACCCCCUUCAACCAGUGGGAAGACUAGCGAUCUAGUCAAGCGACGAUAUUCAACUCGUUUUAACAACCUCCCUAGUGAUUUCGACCCGAAUGUUCCCCCAGUACCUUCCAUGCCUAGCUUCGAUCCGUCGAGGUACGAUCAGCCCGCACCACGUUCCCGACCGCCCCCGUCCCGCGAUGGAGGUGCACCCAGGGGCGCGCCACCAACAGUUGAUCCAAAGGCACUCAGAGACCCAAGGCUGAUACCUGAUCAAUAUGUUUCAAACAUUUUGAGCGAAGCUACCGAAGACGAAAUUCGAGAUUACGAAGUUGCCUUGCGCAAAUUGAAGAACAGGGCUUCGGCAGAUUUACAGCAGAGUGUCUACCAAAAUCGGGCACAGUUUAUUAAGAUUAGCAAGGAAGCCGAGAAGUUAAAGGCAGAGAUGCGCUCUUUACGCAAUCUAUUCAAAGAACUGGCCACGAAUACGAACGCACUCAGGGCUUCAUCUGGAGGCAAUAGCGUUUCUAUAAACGGCGAAUUUUCGAGCGGCCUCAGUAAGAGGGACAAACGCAGCUCAGUGGCCGACAGAUCGGCUCUCUGGAAUGCCCAGAUGCAGGCUCUCUACAAGAAUGUCGAAGGUUCCCAGAAGUUCCUUCCCAACUCGAUGGGUAGACACGUUGUCCAAAAUGCCGGGCCCUGGAUUGAACUUGACAAUGCGACAUACAAAUCGAGGAGAUCUAUGCAGCUAUUUCUCCUUAAUGACCACCUACUCAUUGCAUCGCGUAAGAAGCGUAAGACGGAUAACCCCAACGACAUACGAGGUCCGGCGACGAAGCUGGUUGCUGAUCGUUGUUGGCCAUUGUUGGACAUCGAAGUCGUUGAUAUGGCUGCAACUAGCGAUUCGUACAGCGGCAGGAACAAACUUGCGGAUGCUAUCAUGGUUCGAGGUGUCGGCCAGGAAUCUUUUAUCUAUCGGACGGAGAAGUCAGAAGACACCGAGAAGGCAACCCUGGUAUUGAACAUUAGAAAGGCAGUUGAGGAACUGCGAAAGAACUUGCAAUCCGAGUUGGAGGCUAAUAACAAGGCUAAAGAGACCAUUAAUUAUUUUGCCUCUCGAGAUCCGGGUUUGCUACAGAAGACGGAGCUCCUCGAGACGCUAUCCGAUAUCAAGGAUAUGUUGAUCGAGGUGGAUGGGAAGCAGCAUAAUCUUCGCUGGGUUGAGGGUCAAAUGGACGAGCUCGACAUCGAUAUCGCGCUUCAAAAAUUCGAGCUAGCAGUUGACCGCGUCGAGAGGAUGCAGAAGCUUGCUCAAGGGCUUAAGAACAACAUUAUCGCGCAAGACUUCAUCAACUUCAAGGUCGAGGAGAGAUGCACGAAACUAGCUGGACUUAUCAUACGGGAACUUAUCGACGCACAUAGUCAGCCACUCAAAGCGAAGCGUAAUGUCGAGUGGUUAAAUAGGCUUGGGUUUGAGGAUAGUGCAAGAGAUGCCUAUCUCAAGGCUCGUAGCGAUCUAAUUCAAAAGCGCUCCAGGCAAUGUGUUUUCCAGGGUGACCUCCAUCUUUACAUCUGGCAGAUCUCGUUUGUCUAUUUCAGCAUCAUCAGAAAUACCGUAAGCUGUUUCCAAAGCUGUUUCCCGCAGGCGAUGAUGAGCGCCUGCGUGAAAUGGGCCAAGGAGGAAGUGGACGCAUUCAACGUGAUCCUAGCUAGGCAGCUGAGUAGCACAGAGAGGAACGGAGUGGUAUGGAAACAGUGCAUGGAAAGAGCAAAGAUUCAUGCGAAGAUGCUGGAAGAAGUACAAUUAGAUUUCCGAGAUCUAGUUGGUCGGGAUGUCCCCCAGGGCACGAAGUCCAACGACCCGGACGUAGGGCGAGUCCCUGCCGAAUUGGCUCCCUUACCCGUCACAGAGCCGACUACGAUCCCCACUCUCGAUGGAUGGAUCGAGAGCCUUAUGAACUGCAAGCAGCUUGCCGAGGUCGAUGUCCAGAGACUUUGCGAGAAGGCUAGGGAUGUAUUGCAAGAGGAAUCAAACGUUCAACCUGUGAAAUGUCCGGUAACGGUGUGUGGCGAUAUACAUGGCCAAUUUCAUGAUUUGAUGGAAUUAUUCAAGAUCGGCGGCCCCAAUCCCGACACCAACUACCUAUUUAUGGGUGAUUACGUUGACAGAGGAUACUAUUCUGUCGAAACGGUUACAUUGCUCGUCGCUUUGAAGAUUCGAUACCCCCAACGCAUCACCAUCCUGCGCGGAAACCACGAGUCCCGCCAAAUCACCCAAGUCUAUGGCUUCUAUGACGAAUGCUUGCGCAAAUAUGGCAAUGCCAAUGUCUGGAAGUUCUUCACCGACCUUUUCGACUACCUUCCGCUCACUGCGCUCAUCGACAGCCAGAUCUUCUGCCUCCACGGCGGCCUCUCCCCUAGUAUUGAUACACUAGAUAACAUCCGAGCUCUCGACCGGAUUCAAGAGGUUCCCCACGAGGGACCCAUGUGCGAUCUGCUCUGGUCCGACCCUGACGACCGAUGCGGCUGGGGUAUUAGCCCCCGAGGUGCCGGCUAUACUUUUGGACAGGAUAUUUCCGAAGCGUUUAACCAUAAUAACGGCCUCACGCUAAUCGCACGCGCCCAUCAGUUGGUUAUGGAAGGGUACAACUGGUCGCAAGAUAGGAACGUGGUCACCAUCUUCUCUGCACCUAACUACUGCUACCGAUGUGGUAAUCAAGCAGCUAUCAUGGAGAUCGACGAACACCUAAAAUACACAUUCUUACAGUUUGACCCAUGCCCGCGAGCCGGUGAACCGAUGGUUUCCCGACGCACCCCGGAUUACUUCCUCUAA